AUUUGACCUGUAAAUUUACGGGACAAGAAAGUUCUGUGGUACAGUUUGUGUGCACAAGAAGUCUUUGAACACAAAUGUAUACAAUUAGGUCAGAAUGGAUUAAAACUAAGAUGACUUGAUGACUUGAGAUGCCUAGAAUAUCACUCAAUUGGUGGAUCGAGGUCUGACCAAGGUUUACGAUUUUGAAAUAGGGUGCAUUGCCUAAAAGAAUGCUAACACCACUAGUUGUGUUAUACCCUUUAGUAGCCAUCAUAAUUUCUUCAAGAAAUAAUGACUUAAUCACUCUUGCGUACAAAAUUGCUCUGUGACCACUAGAAUAAAGAACGAAUCCAGCUCCGUUAAUCAUAUCUUCCACCGAAUGUCAACUCUAAGCAGAUCAUAUCUUCCACCGAAUGUCAACUCUAAGCAGUAGGUAGGUCAAUCAUAAGCAGUAUAUAGAUCAAGUUGAUAUUAUUCACUACGGUAGCUCCUCGGCCAGCGUAUUUCCUCCCAUGUGAUGUGCCAUCUGGCCCCUCUUAAAUCGACACUAAUUAAUACACAAUGUGCAACUCCUGAUCAACAAGAUUAACUGUAUAGGUGGAUGGACUAAGCAAAAAAAAAAACUGUAAAGAUUUUUCAGGUUUAAAAAAACAGUUUUGCUAGAACUCAUCUAGAUGAGAUAUAAUUUGGUCUCAUUCACUUUUUAUAGCCAUUGGAUGUGAUGCUAUAAGAUGCGUGUGUGCUGACGUGGGUUGUAUCUAUUCUUGUUUUCAAAGUGAAUGAGACCAAAUUAUAUCUCAUCUAGAUGAGUUCUAGGUACUCCCUUAAAAAAGCAGGGUUGGCAUCAGACAUGAGCAUUUUAAAAAGGUGAUGUAUCCCGCCAAUUAUAUGAGCCCUGAAAGUCGUCUUUCAAAAACUAGCUAGUUUUAGCAUUCUUUUAGAUAAUGCACCCUAUUUCGUAGUAAGCACAAUUCUUUGCAGUGAGUAAAUUACCAUUUCACUAGCUGUGCAUUUUAUAUAAACAGAAGUAAUUUUGCAAAAGGCCGAUAAUUACCAAAUAUAAGAAGUAAUUUGAUUCAUCAACACAAAGGCCGAUAAUUACCAAAAUGACACGAAGGCUUGAUUGAAAUGCAUGCACGCAAUACACGACCUCACACAAAUUAAGGAUCAGGGGUUAUAUAUAUCCAAAGUAGGAAUGUACAUAUCAUAUGGCUCCACCAAUUGCAAUCAAAUGGCACCGAUCAAGCACAUGCAACAGCUCCUCGCAUGCAAGCAUGUGCUGCACUACCACCCCGAAGACUAUGCUAAUUAAAUUGACUUGACUUGAUUAAAACUAUAUGAGGUCUCGACCAUCCGUUGUCAUCUUCUAGAUGUUGCUGUAGAAAAUAGACUGGUAUAGAUAGAUACUCCAUUGUUUGUCCACCACAUCAUAAAAUUCCUAUUGUGUCUCAUCGCCUGUAUCAGGCUAGGUACGAUACCCACAAGGUCAGAAUUCACAUACACGCACGCUCAUUCGCAUGCUAAGCUAAACCAGCGCCACACCAGUGGAGACCGAUCGAGUUCCAGCCAUGGCUGAGCUCGCCGGGGGUGCUGUCCGCUCGCUGUUGGGCGUCAUCCGCGACGAGGCUAAGCUGCUGGGGGGUGUCGGUGGUGAUGUGCAGUUCAUAAAAGAGGAGAUGGAGAGCAUGAACAGCUUCCUCCUGCACCUCGCCAGGAAGACACCCCGCAACGGAGAGCACGAUGUGCAGGUCCGCACGUGGAUGAAGCAGGUCCGUGACCUUGCUCACGACUGCAGCAACUGCAUCGACGUCUACCUACAGCGCGGUGAUCCGGCAGUCUAUCGCGCCAGAGGAAUCCUGCUGGGUUACGUGUGGUGGGUGCCUUGGUUCAUCAAGAAGACAGUCGCUCAGCACCUUGCAGCCACCCAGCUGAGAGACCUCAAGGCCCGGGCGCGUGACGUUGGCGAGCGGAGGCUCAGGUACGGUGUUGAGGUCCCGGCCAAGGCAGACUCCGAUAAGCUGGUGCUGCCGGAGGCAGCGGCGGAGUCAUCACCGUCAUUUCAAGCUGCUGCUGCGGGGAUUGUAGCUGAAGGAGACUAUGACUUGGAAGAAGACUACUACUGGGCGACAAGUGAUGAUCCACGAAGGGAGCAAGCCUUUUCCGAGCCUCGCAUUGUUUUCAAGUGCACCAAAGAGCUAAUGCACUGGCUCAAACACCAACACAUGGGUGACCCAUUCAAAGCCAUCGCCAUUGCAGCACCAGAUGAAGAGGAUGGAAGGGAUAUUAUUAAUCAAGCAUUGCUUCAUAAUUCCAUCAAGGAAAAGUUCGACCACAUCUUCUUUUUAAACGAGAAGAUGUUUAUUUUUGAAGCAGCAACACCUACUGCGGGGGAGAAGACGUCUUACACUUGCCUACAAGAACCCUGGGAUUUUCUUGGUGACAUCCUGAAGGAGCUGGAAGGGGAAGCCGACGAAUCGGUGGAAGAAUUUGGCGAGGAAGAAGUCAACGAGAAGAUUGGGAAGAUCGAAGAGUACCUGGAAAAAGCUGGUAAUAAAGGUUACCGGGUUGAACCCUUAGGAGUACUCUGUGGCAUCUUGCGGGUGCUGCUCCAGGACGCCACUGCUGGUGAGGAUCCAAAUCAAACCGAGGAACAGAUCCUUAACGAGACAGCGGAUAAGAUGAAAAACUAUCUUGAAUCAGGGGGUGCAAUGGAUUCCUGCAGGAUCGGCGUUGAGCAUUCCCAAUACAUAGCCAUCCUGCAGGAGCUGCUUCCGAAUCAGGCCACCACACUGGCAAAGGCAGCCACAAAUAAACUGGCUGGCGAGGAUUAUAUCGUGAAGAAUAUUAAAGACAUCACGCUGAAAAUUCAAGUGCAUAUCACGCCGGAGCUCCUGCCAGUGUCACUUCACCAGCAAGAUAAAUCAGUGGAAGAAUCAGGCCAAGACCACCUGUCGCUGCCAUGGGGCGAGGAGGACUGCAGGAAGAGGAUUGAACAAGUCCUAGAGAAGAUCAAAGAGCAUCUGUUGAUUCAAGAAACCGUGGGGAGGGUUAGAGAGUAUCUGAAGGAUACAAGGACGCUGGUCAUUCUCCACGAUGCCUCUGGCUACAAAUGGGAUGAGACCGCAGAGGCCUUGCAAAAUUUGGGUUGCAGUUCAAUGGCAGUGAUAGUUACCACAAAAUACAUGCAGGGCUCCAAGGACUUCUGCUAUGGGACGGAACCCAUCGUGUACUCUUCUAUUGAAUACUACCACAAAACAGCGCUCCAACUUACAAAUCGGCGUGUGAAUGACGACGAGAAGUACAGUGCUGAAAUCUUCCAUGAGAUCUUGGAGAAAUGUAGGGUGGAUGAGUUCAGCCUGAAUAUGUUCAUCCAUGCUCUAUUUGCCAAUCCAAUGAGGAGCAGAGAAGAACUGGGCAAGCUGAGCAACAGCCUCGUGUUUGGAGGUUCUGCGAAAACUAGUACGAAUGGCUACAAGAUGAUCAAGUUCUCCUACAGCGAUCUGCCUAGGGAAUACAAGACAUGUUUGCUAUAUCUAGCCAUCUUCCAUGAAGGUGAGAAGAUAAACCGUACAAGGUUAAUUGGGCGGUGGGUUGCGGAAGGACUGAUAACUAGACAAGACUGGUCCAGUUCAGUAAGCCAGGCUGAGCAUUGUUUGGAGGUACUUGCCGAUCUAUGGCUUGUUUGUCCUUGUGAUGUUGGUGCUGCAGGGAAGGUCAAGAGCAUUACAGUGCAUCAACAAGUGUACAACUUCAUCACCAUGAUGGCCAGGAAAGUACACAUUCUGGACACACGCCUGUCUCGGCACCUGGCUCGCCACUUCUCCAUUCUCAGCAACAUCAGGCUCCGUCCCUCAGAUAGCAUCCUCGACUUCUUGAAGCAACCAUCCCGUGCAUCAUCUCAGUUGAAGCUCGUCAAGGUCCUGGAUCUGGAAGGAUGUGCAUCCCUGGGAGAUAACCAACGCUGGCUCAAGAACAUCUGCACCUCGUUAAUACUGCUCAAGUAUCUGAGCCUAAGGAACACAGAUGUCACUCAGCUGCCCAAGGAGAUCAACAUGCUCCAGCAGCUGGAGGUGUUGGACAUCCGGGACACUCCAAUAAAUGCCUCCGCCAUAAAACACCUCAUGCUGCUGAAGCUGAAGCGUCUGCUGGCUGGUCACACUGGUGAUGCUAGCAUACUUUCCACUGUCCAGAUGCCUCACAAGGUCAGAAAAAUGACAGACCUGGAAGUGCUGUCCCAUGUACAGGCUUCAAAACAUCAUGCUACAGAGCUGAGAGAGAUUGGCCAGCUAUGGCAGCUGAGGGUGCUUGGUGUGGUCAUUUAUGAUUGGAAACCUCAACUUGAGAACUUACUCCAAGGGAUCAGCAAUCUGAAUGAGUGCCUUAAGUCAUUGUCCAUCGAGAUCAGGCCUCCGCCUGCCAGCCAGGGUGCUACUCCUCCUGACGUACCUGCAACCAAUGCUAUGAGCGCACACUGUAAGAACACACCCAAGCUUCUUGAAAGCCUGAGCAUCAGUGGAGUCACAAAGUAUGGGCGUCUUCACCCAUUGUUCACCAGAGGCUGCCACAAACUUGCCAAGGUAACUCUUCAUAACACCUUCUUGGACCAGGAUGAUAUGGAAUCCCUCGCACAUUUGCCCAACCUACGCGGCCUCAGGCUCCGGCACAUUAAUUUACACACUGAGGGCAAGCUUAUAAUCCAGACCAAUGGGUUCCAAAAUCUCAAAUAUCUUACUAUUGAGGGGGGUGGCAUCACAGACAUCAACUUCGAACAAGGAGAAGUUCCUAAGCUUGAAAAGAUCGUCUGGCUCAUCGAUGUGAUAGAGUCUCUCUCAGGAAUCAACAACCUUCCCAAGUUGAAGGAAAUGGUGUUCAGUGGUGCGGUCAGGCUACCAAAUCAGGUGAAACAAGCUAUAGAAGCACAUCCAAACUCCAUCGCAAUAAUGGAAUAUGGCAUUGAGGCCAAACAGGCAAGUGCAUCCACGGUUCCUUGAUUGUGCCUGCCAUUAAGUUUAACUAUGCAUAUGUAUACACAUCAGUUUCUCUUUUCCGUUUCAACCCACAUGCACAAUAUUCCAGUAUCUUUUGCAUGACGAGACUGCCACUUCAUUAUUCUUGUUACGUUUAACAAAACCAAACUAUUAAUGCCAGAUUGUUUUUAAUCCUCUAUAGUUUUACAAUUCCCAAUUUAAGAUCAGUACUGCAUCGAACUGAAACCUAUAUUCCAUUGGUUUCCAAAAAAUAUCCAUCUAAAGGGCUCAUGGUUCAUAUACACUCAUAGUGAUGCAUAUGUCUUGCUUAGCUAUUUACUAAACCAGUCUUAAUAUUUUUUUCAGGCCCUUUAUUUACAGGAUGGUGGUACUUUGAUGCCUUCUACAAUCUUGUUACCAGUUGAAAGGAAGUACUGAUGGGCUUAAUUCAUCUACGGAAGAGAGGCAAACAAAUGGUUAUUUGUUUUUUCAGCAAUACAGAAGAAAUUAAAAAAAGUCAUUUUCUUGCAUUGUAGCGUUAGUGGUUUGUUCCUUGAAUCAAUGUGUUUGAAAAUCCAAGAAAAGUUGUAAAAUGGAAAAAGAAGCGUUCGUAUAAUGCAUUGCCUUUUCUUAGUCUUUGAUAAACAAAAAAAAGUGUACAACAAAGCCUUUAGUCCCAGACAAAAAAAUGUGUGUUUGACUUUAUUUUAUUUCUCCUUUUUUGGGGUGGAGGAUGGGGCUGCAGGCGUUAGCUAUUUUUUUCUUACAUACUCUUCUCUUUUUUUGUGUGUUUAUGUGGGUCGGGGAUGGGGGGUGGAACUCCGCCUAUGCCAUUUUAAGAUAACACUUAUAAUUGCAUAGCCGGUCCCAAGCCCGGAAAAAGGAGGAGGGACCAACCAUGUGUUCAUAGAGGGUAAAGUGUGGUGUUGACUCAGUCAUUUUGUAGUAAAAUGAAAAAGCGUUCUAUUUGCAAAGAAGGAAAAAUCCUCCAAAAUUCAAGCCAAAGAGGAUUUUCGAUUUGGCCACAGCUUCAAAAAAGUGAGUAUCGACACAAACUCAUUUCAAUCACCAUUUGAGCCUUCCUAAAUCGUUUCUUUCAACCAUUAUAUAACCUAUAUGUUCGUCAGACUUUACAUAAUGUUUCCUGUACAUGGGCCUAGAGCAUUCAUGUACUGAAUCGUGUGUCCAUGGUAUGGUCAGUGGCCUGAAGCCUAUAUGUCUACUUGUCUUGUGUCCUCGCCCAUUUUACGAGCAUUUUCGCCUGAUUAACCAUCGUGAUACAUGCUUGUACUUAAUUUACACUGCUGGUCCAUGUGAAGUGUACAACUCUAGCUGGUCACAAGUAUUUAUCCAUAUAUGGAUGUUGUGUUUGCAAAAAGAGACUUAUGAUCUGUUGAUUUCUGCAGGUGGCGGUGAUGAGACUAUUUGCAGCAGCUAGCAACGGAAAUAACAGAAGUCCACCUUGUUGCUUGGCAAUGCUGGCCAAGUGAUCUCCCAAGGCAUUUCCAAAGAAGACACCUCCGUGUGCAGCGAACGGCAACACCUGGGACUCUGAAUCCCUUGUUUUCAUUCAGCCUCAGCACCAACACCUACAGGCAGGUUGGUGCCGGCACAAUAUAGGCAGGAGGACCAAGCUACUUGUUCGCGCAAGCCUUGGGAUGACAAUGAGCAAAAUAAAGUCUGGGAUGUAGCAUCCUGUGUUGUGUUUCUUAUUAUUAACAUUUUACAAGUGUGUCCAUCUGAAUUGGGUGGGCAUGACAUUAUUUACAAAGUACCAAAUGGACUAACAAGGCAAGUAGCUAGUGCAAAAUUCUGAUGUUAGUGCAGGGAUAUAGUUUUUUUUUUUCUGUGUCCCAAAAGCUAAAGCAUUAUGGGAACUUAAGGUACAGCACUACACGUUAAGAUGAAUUCAUAUUCAUAUCCCGGAUGGACAUACUUUUCAUUAUUGUUGAAAGAGAUAGAGAGAUUGGACGGUCUUACCACUGGAGAAUCUCUUGGCAGCAUCCAUCGUCUAUAGGAUUCGCAGUCCCAUGAGCUGAGCUC